AGGAGAAAGUGUGUGUGUACCACCUUCCAUGACUUAAGAAAAGGAUUUAAAAUAUUCAUUUUAAGAUACAUCAAUCAUUUUCGGAAAGGCUAAUCGUUCUAAACCAAACACCACCCACUCUUAAACUACAUUACCAAAUCAAUUAAAAAGGGAAACCAUAUUAAGAACACAGCAGAAGAAUAUAUGUGAUCCACCACUAGAGAGAAGCUUUGAAGCUAUAAAAAAAUAAAAAGAGAUCCAUUAGUAAUGGCAGAUUCCGACAUAGAGACGAGUAGCAACCAUAAUAGCAACAGCAACACCAGCCAUUCAACCGCAUCGACCACUAGCGUUCACGUUACAGCCCUCGACGGGAUAGUCAGUGCUAAUUCUCUCUUCACAGUUGCCGUCUUUGUCGGAAUCUCCUUUGACCAACCACAGGAUCUCAGCCUCACGGAUAGAACCGAGUGCAGUGCAGGACGAGACGUGGAACGUGACCUAGUUGUGUUUGAAGUCAUCUCAUUUGCCUUCUUCCUCUUCUCCUCCCUCGUGGCUCAAGGGAUGAAGCUAGCCAUCAACCUUUUGAACAGCAAGGAAACGGACGAAGUGUUUAAAGCAAAUAUCAAUAGUGAUGUGCUUCGCUUCGGUGUGGUUGGUGCAGCUGGUGGAUCUAUCUUGGGCUGUGUAUUUCUCCUGUUGUCAAUUGUUGAUGUUAUUCAGCUUCGUAUCGGGCUACUCUCUUGCGGCAGUGUGUUGGCGAUUCAUACCGUGUUGGCGCUUGUUGUCUUGGUCUCUUCUGCUCUCAGUAUUUAUAUCUUCACUGUGUUCUACUCUUUCAGGAAAUAAUUCAUCUUUAAGAACCUGAUCACAGUUGUGAAAGUAGCGAUAUAAGUGUAUACAUAUAUGUAUCUUGGAUAAUGUUUAAUAACGUAAAGCAAACAUAUAUGUAUCGGUUGAUAAGAUUGUUACCGAGAAUGUAAGUUCUGUGAAACUC